UUGGGAGUGUGCACUUGGAGGCGGUGGUUACAUGUGUGAGUGUAUGUUUCAGAUACGAUGGUGUGCACAGGCUGCUGCUCCAGUCUGGACCACAUAGUGACCUACCUGUUCAAGCAGCUGUCCCGCUCCACGAAGAAGAGGCCUGCUGCCAUGGCGACGGACGAUCGCUUCCUGCACAUCAUGCAGCAGCACCCGGAGAUGAUCCAGCAGAUGCUUUCCACAGUGUUGAACAUCAUCAUCUUCGAGGACUGUAGGAACCAGUGGUCCAUGUCCCGACCUCUACUGGGCCUCAUCCUGCUCAACGAGAAGUACUUCGCUGACCUGAGGAACAGCAUCGUUAACAGCCAGCCUCCAGAGAAGCAGCAGGCCAUGCACUUAUGUUUUGAGAACCUGAUGGAGGGAAUAGAGAGGAACCUCCUAACGAAGAACCGGGACAGGUACGCCCCAACAUGUCCCCUGUCACGGAAGGACCCCUCGUCGUUACCAUG